AUGGCGACGAGAGUGUAUAUUGGCCGUCUUGCUAGAGACGCCCGUGAACGAGAUGUUGAAAAACUGUUUCGCAAUUAUGGCACCAUCAGAGAAAUAAAACUGAUGAAUGGUUUUGGUUUCGUUGAAUUUAGAGACCACCGUGAUGCUGAUGAUGUCGUCUAUGCUUUUAACGGUAAAAGUUUUAUGGGAGAAAAUCGUUUCGCACCUCCCCAACGAAACCCUCAAUAUCGUUUGAUUGUAGAGAAUUUAUCAUCAAGUUGUAGCUGGCAGCUCUCCUUUUCCCUAUGGUUGCUUGAUGUGGCCUUUGGAUUCUGUCUACCAUUUCGUUUAAUGGCUACUCUUUUGAAAAUCUGUUUGGAUUAUAUAUUACUGUACAUUCCUCAAAAAAGUCUCAAAUGGUACCAAAGCUUUUCGAAAAAAACUGCAUGGGAAAAAAAGGACAGAAAACAAAGGGGGUAUCUUUUGAUUGCCUCUCGUUCUGAUUCUUUUGGGCCUAUUAUUUGGAUUACCAUAUACUUCUAUUCUUGGGAUCUACCGGCUCUUGUUCCUUCCAUUGGCAUUGGUACUUGGCAUAUGGAAAUUACACAAGAGCCCAUGAGGAUAGUUGAAGCAUAUCGUCCGUUUACCAUAACUCAAUCAAAACCUCCUUCCCCUACUCCUCUCCCAUUCUAA